CGGAGGCGGCGGCGGCUCCCGGGCGGCGGGCGGCGGGCGGCGGGCGAGCGGGCGAGCGGGCGGCGGCGGCCCGACUGCAGUCCCGGCGGAGCGAGCGGGCCGGGCCGGGCCCGAGCCGGCGCCAUGGGCGGGGGGCGGCGCGGCGAGUGAGCCCGGCGGCCGGGCCGAGGCGGCGGCGGCGGCGGGAGCGGCCGAGGCGGCGGGAGGAGGCCGCCAAGAUGGCGGACCUGGAGGCGGUGCUGGCCGACGUGAGCUACCUGAUGGCCAUGGAGAAGAGCAAGGCCACGCCGGCCGCCCGCGCCAGCAAGAAGAUCCUGCUGCCCGAGCCCAGCAUCCGCAGUGUCAUGCAGAAAUACCUGGAGGACCGGGGCGAGGUGACCUUUGAGAAGAUCUUCUCCCAGAAGCUGGGGUACCUGCUCUUCCGCGACUUCUGCCUGAAGCACCUGGAGGAGGCCAAGCCCCUGGUGGAGUUCUAUGAGGAGAUCAAGAAAUACGAGAAGCUGGAGACGGAGGAGGAGCGCCUGGCCUGCAGCCGGGAAAUCUUCGACACCUACAUCAUGAAGGAGCUCUUAGCCUGCUCGCACCCCUUCUCAAAAAGUGCCACCGAGCAUGUCCAGAGCCACUUGGUGAAGAAGCAGGUGCCCCCUGACCUCUUUCAGCCGUACAUCGAAGAGAUUUGUCAGAACCUCCGAGGGGACGUAUUCCAGAAAUUCAUCGAGAGCGACCGGUUCACGCGCUUCUGCCAGUGGAAAAACGUGGAGCUCAACAUCCAUCUGACCAUGAAUGACUUCAGCGUGCACCGCAUCAUCGGGCGAGGGGGCUUUGGUGAGGUCUACGGCUGCCGCAAGGCCGACACUGGCAAGAUGUACGCCAUGAAGUGUCUGGACAAGAAGCGCAUCAAGAUGAAGCAGGGGGAGACGCUGGCCCUGAACGAGCGCAUCAUGCUCUCUCUCGUCAGCACCGGGGACUGCCCGUUCAUCGUGUGCAUGUCCUAUGCCUUCCACACGCCCGACAAGCUCAGCUUCAUCCUGGACCUCAUGAACGGCGGGGACCUGCACUACCACCUGUCCCAGCACGGCGUCUUCUCUGAGGCCGACAUGCGUUUCUACGCGGCUGAGAUCAUCCUGGGCCUGGAGCACAUGCACAACCGCUUCGUGGUCUACCGUGACCUGAAGCCAGCCAACAUCCUCCUGGAUGAGCACGGCCACGUACGCAUCUCAGACCUCGGCCUGGCCUGCGACUUCUCCAAGAAGAAGCCCCACGCCAGCGUGGGCACCCAUGGGUACAUGGCCCCCGAGGUGCUGCAGAAGGGCGUUGCCUACGACAGCAGUGCAGACUGGUUCUCCCUGGGCUGCAUGCUCUUCAAGCUGCUGCGGGGGCACAGCCCCUUUCGGCAGCACAAGACCAAAGACAAGCACGAGAUCGACCGCAUGACACUGACCAUGGCGGUGGAGCUGCCGGACUCCUUCUCCCCCGAGCUGUGCUCCCUGCUGGAAGGGCUGUUGCAGAGAGACGUCAACCGCAGGCUGGGCUGCCUGGGCCGGGGGGCUCAGGAGGUGAAGGAGAGCCCCUUCUUCCACUCACUCGACUGGCAGAUGGUCUUCUUACAGAAGUACCCGCCCCCCCUGAUCCCCCCUCGAGGGGAGGUGAAUGCGGCCGACGCCUUUGACAUCGGCUCGUUUGACGAGGAGGACACCAAAGGAAUCAAGUUGCUGGACAGCGACCAGGAGCUCUACCGCAACUUCCCCCUCACCAUCUCGGAGCGCUGGCAGCAGGAGGUGGCGGAGACCGUGUUUGAUGCCAUCAACACGGAGACCGACCGGCUGGAGGCGCGCAGGAAGACCAAGAACAAGCUGCUGGGCCACGAGGAGGACUACGCCCUGGGCAAGGACUGCAUCGUGCACGGCUACAUGUCCAAGAUGGGCAACCCCUUCCUCACCCAGUGGCAGCGGCGCUACUUCUACCUGUUCCCCAACCGGCUUGAGUGGCGGGGUGAGGGCGAGGCCCCGCAGAGCCUGCUGACCAUGGAGGAGAUCCAGUCUGUGGAGGAGACGCAGAUCAAGGAGCGCAAGUGUCUGCUGCUCAAGAUCCGUGGGGGGAAGCAGUUCGUGCUGCAGUGCGAUAGCGACCCCGAGCUGGUGCAGUGGAAGAAGGAGUUGCGUGACGCCUACCGCGAGGCCCAGCAGCUGGUGCAGCGGGUGCCCAAGAUGAAGAACAAGCCCCGCUCGCCCGUGGUGGAGCUGAGCAAGGUGCCCCUCAUCCAGCGGGGCAGCGCCAACGGCCUCUGAGCGCCCAACGCCGCCCGCCUGCCUUUUAUGAACCUCUAAUUUAUUUCGUCGGAUUUUUAUUAUGUGUUUUCCCGCCAAGCGGAAAAGGUUUUAUUUUGUAAUUAUUGUGACUUCCUGUGGCCCCAGCCCGGCCCGGCCCCCAGCAAGGGCCCCGCUCGCCUUGGCUCCCGCUGCUGCCACCACCCCCACCCCACCCCGCCCCGCUGACUAGCUGCUCUCAGCCCUGCCCCUGGGGGCCACCUGCUCCUGGGGUGUGAGGGCAGCCCUCCCAGCCCUUCCCGGGUAUGCCCCGCCCAGCUGUGCCACCUCAGGCUCUGUGGGCAUGACUGGGCAGCCAGUGUCCCCCCCAGUACCCGGGAGGUCUAGUGGAAGAGGGGCCCUCCUGGCCCCCAGCCCCAGGGCGAGCCGCCAUGACUUAGGCUCCUGUGUCCUGGGUCAUUGAUUUGGGGAGCAAGUGCCCCAUGGCCCCAGGCUCCCCUGGGGCGGCACUGGCAGCUGGGAGGCUCACCGCCGUGAGUGGCACCCUCUUGUUGCCAGCUCCUGGGCUCAGGGACCACAGAAACCUGGGGUUGCACCAUGCGGCCUGGGCAGGCCCCCGGUCCCCAGGCUGGGAGAGGCCUUGAGCGUCCAGGCCCACGAGGGGCCGGCCUGGGUGGUGCGAGAGAGGGGUGUGCGGGCCUACCCCCCAGGCCAGUCAGUGCCCUCCAGGGCAUCCACCCCCAUGUCCUGUCAGUGCCACUGCCCGCUGGGCACCACCUCGCCCGCCGCAUGCCCCCUUGUGCCAGUCGCGCUGCGUGUGUGGUGUCGCGCCCCCACCCUCCACCCCCCCCGUGGAGGGGUGUGCCCACCCCUUCCAUCUCCACAGCUCCUGGGGUGUCUCGCCGAUUUUUGAAUGUGAUUUUAAAGAAUGGAAAUGAAAUUAUGCGUUUUUAUAAAAAAUGGUGCCUGAC